AUGUAUAUACAAGCCUCACAAGAUUCGACGAUUGAUCUCGAGAACGAAGUCAACAACUCCGGCAAUUUCAUAUCGGAAACAACGCACGUUGGUGCAGCUGAGCAUGGCAUUGACGAGAGGAGUCCAGUUGCUCCAGAAUCUAGAGAUUACGAUAAUGGGACGGAUCAAGAGCCAGCUAUCAAAGCGACAACGCCUAUCGCCACAGAAAAUGACAGUAGCAGCGAGGAUGAUGACGAGGAUGACGCUGACUACGAACUCAAUGAAACCCGCAAAACGGCUACGUCUCAUCACCUUCCUCGGCAUGCGAUUCAGAAGAACGGCCAGUUCAAAGCGUCUGUAGUGACGAGAUUAUCAAUCCAGAAAUGCUCAUUCCAGUAUAUAUCCCCCAAAAGUAUCUUCGGUACCUCGCCCUUCAGCAAAGCAUGCAUUCUGCAAAAGCCAGAGUCAAAUCACGCAACUUGGAGCGAAAACCUGAAUCAGUCAAAGCCACAGGGACAAGAUAUACCGAAGACGACGACAGGCAACUGCUCGAAUUAA